AUGCUUCGUUUCGAAGUAACGUCACCAUCCAGUUUGACUUUGGUUUCUGGGGCUGCUGAAAUUUUUGGUACUGAACUUGUUUGCGGCUGGGAAUUACAGUUAUAUCCUGGUCAGCGUGGAACUGUCGUCACUUUCCAUGGUUGUAAACUAAUUGUUCAAGAGCAAGGGGUUGCUGCGUACGUAAUGGCUUCAUCAGAGGACCAAGAAAUUGUUCAUAUUUAUAUGAAUAUUCACGCAAACUUGGAAGUCUCACGCCAAAAAGCUGUGAAAGAACAAAGCCGAGGACCACGAGUAUUGGUGUGUGGACAGGAGAGUGUUGGAAAAUCUACACUUUGUCGAACACUAGCAAGUUAUGCAGCCCGUAGAAAACACAAGCCUGUACUUGUAGACGUGAAUGUUGGACUUAAUCAGGUAUGUAUACCAACAACAAUUGCUGCUAUAAGUGUCACUAAACCAUAUGAUUUAAUGGAAGGAUGGGGCCUAGAAGAAGAUCCACUUGUCUUCUGUUUUGGUCACACUGAUCCUGCCAGUAAUUUGAAUCUUUUUCGGGAACAAGUUAAUCGUUUAGCUGAACUCAUAAAUAUUCGUUCUGAGAAUGAUAUGAGCAUUUUCACAAGUGGUUGCAUCAUAAAUAUGAGCGGAUUUCGUAAAGACGAUUCAGAUGGUGGAUCUAGCAAAGAAAGGGUAUUCAAGCGAUACGUACAGCUGCCGCAGCUUUUGAGAUCGACACGUUAUCUUCCGCCUGAAGUGACUAUAGUGCGAUUACCGAAAUCUUCAGGUGCUAUAACUAGAAGUCCAGACCAAUGGACACGUCAACGAGAUACUCGAGUGUGUGCUUAUUUGCAUGGAGAAAACCCUUUAAGAAGACUGCAUCCACAUCAAAUUAUCCUUAAAGCUUCUGAGUAUUCAAUUUAUAAAGUUGGAAGUGAAGCUAUUCCCGAUGCUCUUCUACCACAUGGUGCUCAGGAAGAAGAGACAUGGCGUAAUCCAAUUCAAGUCGCAGUCAGUCGUGAUUUAAAAAAUCGUCUCUUGGCCGUUUCUCAAGCAUCGGAACCUUAUCAAGUUCCAGAAGCACCUGUGUAUGGCUUUAUUGUGGUUGUCAAUGUUUCCGAAGACAAAUCCACAUUUACUAUACUCAGUCCAAGUGCACAUCCUCCUCCAAACAACCUAUUUUUACUAACUAGUAUAUGUUAUGUUGAUCCUGAAAGUAUAUAA